CUUUUCUUUUCUCUUUUUUGGAUCACAAACAGAAACGUAUAAAUAACUAUCUCUCUCACGUUCUUCACAGAAUAUCUGUACCUCCAAAGUUUCACAGAUCGAGAACAAUGACCAGCCCCUCCAAGCCGCACUAUCGCUUCUUCCAGACAGAGUCCUCGAACGAAGAGAACUCACGGAUUCUAGAUGCGGAUCACAACGAUGUGGAGUACGAGAUCCUGUACUUUCAGAUUUCGUGCGUCGGUGCUACUUCACGCUCUAUUCUUGCGUACGGCAAGGCCAAGUGGACCAACCGGUUCCCACAGGAGUGGGAGGGGAACGAAGAAUUCGAGACACCCUUUCGAGCCAUGCCCAUCCUCACCGUCCAGUCUGUCCGUGGACAGGCGAAGCUCGCAGAAUCGUUCGUCAUCGAUUUGUACCUGGCCAAGAAGUUCGGGCUCCUAGGCUCGAACUCCUACGAGGAAGCGACCAUCCAAGCCUUUUACUCCUCGAUCCACUACCUCCGCGAACGGUCCCUUAUGACCAUGACCUGGGUUGAUGCGGACAAGCGUCUCGAAGCUUUCCAGAUGUGGACCACCAAAGUCAUCCCACGCUUCAUUAAGAUCCAAGAGCAGCACCUUGAGCGUAACGGAUCCAAUGGACACUUUUUUGGCGAUAAGAUCACGCUAGCGGAUAUCCAUUUAGUCGGCGUUCUCGAUCACUUUGCAGAACUCCCCCGCGGCGACGAGAUCAUCAACCUCUUCCGUCAAUCACCUCUGCUCUGGAAGGUUCGCGAGACCGUCCUUACGAACCCAGAUAUCGCUGCCUGGAGACAGUCUGAAGAAUUUGCCAAGGUGGUCGAAGGUGGCAAGAAGCUUUAUUCCACCGCAGGAUUUUGAAUGCUUCAAAAAUGAAAACAAUAAUCUACAGCUGAAUUUUAGCCACCACAUAGAAACCUUCAUCGUUUUUUCUUUAUUAUUACAGUCAGACUAGGGUAAAUGUAAAAAAAAAAAAAAGA